AUGGCAGAUCUUGGCUUUUACAAUGACAAGUCAUUUCUCCCUGAACAAUGGACCGAGUUCGGCCUCGGCGUUGUCAUAGUAUUCGUGCGCAUGGGUGUGCGGAUCCGGACGGUUGGUGUUCGAGGUUUUCAAGGCGAUGAUUAUUUCGCGUUUCUGUACAUCUCUCAUGUAAGAACAUCUCUCCCAAGGCUGGGUGCCGUCGAUGCUAACGUCCAAGAAGACGUAUUAGGCACCAAUCUGGAGAUCCCGCACGGUCUACACGAUUCCCUCACACCGACCCAAUAUUCCUCGGUUGUAGCAGGCUCCAAGGCGGAACUCGCUGCCUGGUACUCCUACACGGCCCUGAUCUGGGUCAUGAAAGCCAAAAUGCUAUUCCUAUACAAGCGUUUAACCAUUGGAUUAUGGCAAUCACGGGUCAUCAAAUGGCUCGCGGCCUUUUGUGCGAUUGCCUACGUUGCGGUCUUUCUAACCGUGACGUUUGGAUGUCAUCCCAUCUCGAAUAACUGGAGAGUAUAUCCUCCACCAUCCAUGACAUGCAUCUUGAACGUCACCACUGACCUAGCACUAAAAUUCGUCAUCGCCAUAUUCCUCAGCUCCGGCAUCUUCGUCAUCGCCGCGUCGAUUAUUCGGACUACUCUCACAUUGGAAGCGGAGCCGUCUAGCAUCACCGUCAACCGAUGGGGCAUCCGCGAAACCUUUGUCGGCGUCGCCACAGUGAACCUUCCCAUCCUGCGCCCGCUGUUUACGAAGAGAUUCUGGAAGUCGGGCUACGUGGAGGAUGGCUCCAGCGGCCAUCCAUACGGGUAUCAAGGCGGAUCGGAAUCAUAUAACCUGACGACACAGACCAGGAAGAGCGCACGGCGGGAGAGCAUGAAAGCAAUUAAUGAGUCCAGCGAGGAUGGAAGCUACGACGUCUAUGUCAGUACCAGCUAUAAUGUGAAGGUCGAACAGAAGGAUACGCGCGAAGGCGAAUCAUCCGACAGCCAUCAGUUCGGACUCCACCCCAGUAGUGUUUGGGAGAUUGAUAAAAAGUCGAUAGUCUAA